GCGCAGCAGCAGCAGCAACAGCGGGAGCCCGACGACCCCACGACGACGAUCUGCGCGUUUAGUCUACUCGCGAAAGCUAUCGAAGGCGCACACACCAACCAGAGUGGUCUGCUGGGUCCCAGUUCGGUUCUCUCCGCCUGCUCGCCCGUCCGUCCGCUAGAGUCAGUAGUGUCAGUCUCGCAAUCUCAACGCAUGUUUUGAAGGCAUUCAAGCGCAUUGCAUUGUGGUAGCGCCCGUCAGUCCAGCAGCGCGCGGCUCGUUCGUUUCGAGUACUUCUUUCGGGGUGGUUUUGCUGCCGUGUGGUUUCGUGAGAUCAGGCCAGGUAGUUUCACCAUCAACGAUCAUCAUCGUCCAUCGCUAGCCGUUAGUUGUGCAGUAGUUCAGAGCAAAGAGAGUGAAAACGAAGUCGCGCGCGAGCGUCACAGUUGUGUAACACAGUCCAAACCUGACUCCAUCCGUACUCGGUGAUUCGUCUGCGUGGACCCCCGUCCUGGUCCCGGACCUUAAAGUGCCAAAAAAUCGACUUCGAUCCCCUGUACGGCGGCAAGUUUUGAGCUAUCCCGAAUCAACUCCGGGGGUGGUUAUUUUUGAGUGCGAAACACGUGAAGCAGAAAAUCGCAGGAUUGUGCAGGAGAAGUGCUGCAGGAGGAGAAGAAAAAACGCGAAAGUGACGAAACGGAAAGUGUGAGUCGUAGUGGAAGCGCCGCGAACCUGAGCGAUCGCGAUUAGACGGUGAAAGAAAGCAGAAAAAAUUGAUUGAAUCAAACCGAACGAAGAGCAAUACCAAACCGACUGAACAACAACAGUAUUUGCAACAACAACAAAAAAAAGGGAAAACUUGUGCACAACUAUUAACCGAUGCAACCAACCACGUGCGAGUAAAAUAUACAGCAGCCGCACAGCCGCAGUCAGUUAGUGAGUGAGUGUGUUUUCUAGUUUGGUGAGGAAAUAGCAAGGAAAAAAUAUUAAACGAAAAAAAACAGAGGAGAUCACAAGAGCGUGACCAAGUGGGAAAUCCUGUCCUGGCAGAAGCUGUUUGCAGUCCAAAGUGUGUGUUUAAGUGGUAAUCGACGCAAGCAAAAAUCAACGUAAUUUCCGCGCGAGCUCGCACACAUAUGUUUUGGUAACGUGCCCCCACGAGAAAAAGUGAGGUUCCUCACUAACAGAAACAGAGAAAGAAAAAAAAACAAGUGCAAGUGUGGCGCAAAAAAAAAAGAAGUGAGGAAAUCAAAACCUAAACCUGCGGGCAGUAGUGCAUUGAAGAAAAAAAAAAACGUAAAACAGAAAUCAUAAGUGAUAACGCAAGAGAAAUAAAAUCAACAACCAUAAAAGUGAAUGAUUCCGCGAGUGUUGGACUGUCGCGAGUGAGUGAUUUUUAUUAGGUUUUGGUCCAGACCGAACAGUGCUGCGGUUGAGCGGAUCAGGGGAUUCGCUCUCGGCUCGUCUCGUCUCUUUUUGAGUGCAUUUCAAACGCUUGGGCUCCCUCGAGGCCACCCUACCGCGUGAGAUGGUGUCACGGCGUAAAAUUUUGUCCCGUUCGCGGGACGACCUGAACCUAGACUCGACAUUCAUCGCCCAGGAGGAAGAGGAAGACGUCUGGUACCAGAAGGAGAAACUCUAUAAGGAACACAUCCAGGAAGUGCUGGACAAAUGGACACAGAUCGACGACGAGAUCUGGGCAAAGGUGAUUGUGUUCGAGCGGAACCGCCGGGUGGCCAAGGCCUACGCCCGGGCCCCGGUGCUCACCAUCAACGGCUCGGACGACGGCUUCGACGGGAUGAGAAUCGGUUUAUGCGGCUUUGACAACCCGAUGCGAGAUCACAAGACAGACGAAGUCAAACGACACGUUGGACAGGGAGUCAAAAUCAAAAUGGACGAUGCCGGCAACAUUCUCAUCCGUCGCUACUCCAAAAGCAAUGUCUACGUCAAAAGCACAGCCAGCCAGCCAAACGAAGAAACAGCCAUCGGAGCAGACAUUCUGAAACUGCCCGGCCAGGCCAUCGAGAGUGAGAAAAUAGUUAAGCUAUUCGACAUGAAAAAGUUCCAGUCGAACGUGAACCGGGAACUGCGGCGCGCCUAUCCGGACCGCCGCCGGCUCGAGACCCAGUGCCUGUCGGCGAUCGCGUUCGUCAAAUCGGAAAACGACAUCCUGGACUGCCCGAUCUGGGUGCUGAUCAUCAACGUGGUGGCGAUGGAUAUGCUCAAGAGCAAACUACCUCCAGUUCAUCGCCCGGUGGACAUCAAGAACCGUCCGCGCAUCCCGAUCCCGGACGAGGACCCGUACAGCGUGGCCGGCAACGGCGGCGGCAGCUCGGGUAGCUCCGGCUUCGGGGCCAGCGGCAGCGGCAUGGUCGGUGCCUCCCGGGAUCACCUGAUGGGCGGCGGCCAGGGCGGCCAACCGAUGGGACAGCGCCGCAGCGAGAAACCACCGAAGCUACCUCCGCGGGACAAUCUGUACGCGUCGCACGAGAUGGUGAAGCCCGACUACGACGACAUUGAGGACGAGAACCGCGUCAAGCUGCAGCGAGGAAAAUCAGACAAAGGCAAAGACAACAAGAAAUAUGACGAUCCCUACUACUGCGGACUGCGCGCCCGUGUGCCAAACUUUGUCAAAUCGUCCAAAUCCAAGGAGAACAACAACAACAGCAACGUGACCAACAACAAUAGCAGCAACGGCAAGGACAACAGUGCUGCCGCCGUUUCCAAGCGGCUCUCGAUUGCUCAUCUACAGCACCCGUCGUCGCUGCAGUCGCUGCACCAGUUGCACCAGAUGCAUCCCCAUCACAACCUGAUGGCCGCCCACCAGCACCACCAGCAGCUGAUGUGGCACGCCAGAAGCUACGAGAGCGGAAUCGGUUGUUCUCCCUUUGCAGAUACCGACGUCGUUGAGUCACCCUAUAGUCACAUGUACGGCCGUGUACCGUUGCCGACGAGGGGCUACAUUCCGGCACCGCGUGCCAUGUACAUCGGCGAAUGGGAUUAGGUAGGGUCGAGCCGGGUUCCGUUUAAAAAU